AUGACCGUUCAUUAGUAUCGUGACGAUGGCCGCCACCGUUAGACGUCAGCAGCUGUCCGCCACGGUCCCGUUGUUGCUCUGGGCCAUCACCGUCGUGACGACGUUCGCCUUGACCGCCGGCUGGCAACAGGGUGAGACGACUGCGUUGCACCAGCAGCCCAGCCACGACCAUGUGUGUUACCGCACCGUCCAAAACCCGUACGUGUACUUCGGUUCAAAAACCACUUACGGCGCGGUGGCCGGCAACGACUUGCAGACUCCGGCAGAUUGCAGACCGAUGCAAGUGUGGAUGGUGUCCAGGCACGGCACAAGGUAUCCAUCACAGGAAAUGAUUGAGAAUCUGAAAAAAUUGCACGAUUUUAAAACGAUGAUAACUACCGAAUCAAUGCUGUGCCCGGAAGACAUCGCCACCAUCAGGAAUUGGAAGUUCAAUUUGACCAGUAGUUUCCAUUAUAUGUUGCAUAGACAAGGGAUUGAAGAGCUCAAGUCACUGGCUUUGCGACUUAAGAGAUUACUUCCACAGAUAUUCAAUUCGACGUUCGACAAAAACAAAUACAAAUUUUUGACUUCACACAAAAAACGUGCUCAGGACAGUGCUACAGCUUUUUAUCAGACGUUAUUCAACCAAAACCCAGAUAAAGAUUUACCAAUUGUACAAACGUCCGACGACAGAUUUUAUUUAUACAAGUGUAAACAAAUCGGAGAUGCAGACGACGAAAAAAAUGACAACAAAAUACAAGAAGUGAAAAAGUUCGAAGAUGGCCCACACAUGCGGUCUGUUGUAUCGAGGGUUUCUAUGGUAAUGGGACUUAAACAAAACUUAAGUUACGAAAAUGUGUCGCUGAUGUGGGAAUCAUGCAAAUAUGAUAAAGCAUGGUUUGUUCAAACGCGACCUGCGUGGUGUUCCGUGUUUACACAGGCAGAUUUAGAAAUUCUUGAAUACGCAGAAGAUCUCAAAUAUUAUUAUUCAAAUGGAUAUGGUAAUCCUAUGGGUGAAAUCAUGGGAUGUCCAAUAGUAAAGGAUUUGAUGGAUAAUUUUAGGAAUCUCUCUAUGAGUAAAACAGGACCACAAGGUGUAUUUUACUUUGGACACACACCAAACAUAUUGAGCGUAGUAACCAGGUUAGGUAUUGGAAAAGAUAGUACUCGAUUAUUGAGUACCAACUUUGAACAGAUGAAAAAUAGAAAAUGGAGGACAUCAUACAUAGAUCCCUUUGCAUCAAACAUAAUAGCAGUGUUGUACAAAUGUAAGGACACUUACAAAGCCAUGAUUUUACUAAACGAACAUGCUGUACCAAUGGGUAGAGAUCAAUGUCGAUUGUGUCCAUGGAAAUCAAUUGAGGACCAGUUUAACCCAAUAACUUCAUCCAAUUUAUCAUGUAACUUAAAUAUAUGCAAAAAUUCAGCAUCUUUCACCUCAAUGAGUUUAGUCUUAGUCAUAGUCAUAAUCACUUACACGAGUAAUAUACUUGUAAAAUAG